AUGAUGUUGGGUGUCACGCUGAUCUUGUUACUUAUCACUUCGCUAUUGAACUUAAGUGAGGCUGGACACGGAGGAAAGCAUCAACAUGUGGUGAUCCAUGUACCAUAUAAAAUCAAACACAUAUACCACACCCAUACAAUAACAAAGCAUAUACAUCACGGAGGUGGAGGAGGUGACAAAUACGAAGUUUUGGGCUAUACGGUCGGUCAUCCGAUCGAUUUAGGAGGUCAUGGAGGUGGUGGAGGUGGUGGACAUGAUUUCGGUGGUGGCGAUUAUGGAGGUGGUCAUAUUGAAGUUGGAGGCGGCGGCUAUGGAGGCGGAGGAGGACAUGGUGGAUGGGAAGAAAGCGGAGGUGGCUACGAUCUAGGUGGUGGAGGCGGUGGUUAUGGUGGUGGUGGUGGUGACUGGGGUGGUCACUGA